CAGCCACCUGCUAUAAUGCACCCCCUGUUUUCGACGGUGAGGAAGGGCGCCACGGCCGCCACCUUCUUUCCCACAUUUGUCCUAAAUGUUUUCUAUUUUGUCCGUAUAAACUAUAGAGGUGGCAGUAGAAUAAAAUGUUAAGGGCCGCCUCAUAAAUUCCUCCUUUCUUCUUUUUACUCCGCCAGUUCUCAUAAACCCUAGAUAAAAACUUUCUGAAAUUGGAAUCCACCAAAGAAGAAGAAGAUAGGAAUCGUCUCAAUCUUAUCACCUGAUUUUAUCCCCAAUUGUGCCUGUUAUCGUCUUCUUUGAGGUUUAUCUGUUUAUAUUACAUUAAGUCUUUGGUUCCUCUUGGAAUGGAUGAAGAGAUCAUACUGCAAAAGAGCGAAAAGAAAAAGCACAAGAGAAACAAGGAGAGGCUUUGAGCACUUCCAAAGUACCGAAAGAGAAGAAGCACAAGAAAAGCAAGGACAACGAGUCUAUUAGUUCUUCAGAAGUACCUACAGAGAAGAAGAAGCACAAGAAAAGCAAGGAAAAAGAGGCUUUAAGUUCCUCAGAAGUACCUAUAGAUGUGGGGGGUGAAAAAAAAUGUCAAGGGGUCUGGGGACAAAGAAGGUAUUCCUGAUGACGGGAGAGAAGAAAGUGGUAAACGCAAAAAGAAUAAAGGCAAGGAAAAGGUUACGGAGUACAGUGAUGUGGAGUCUGCAACUGAUCAAGCGGCUUUUAAAGGGAAGGAUGACAUUGAUGUGAGUGGUGAAGUGGAGAAGGAUAAGGGUAAAAAAAAUAAAAGAAAGAAUACAAAUGGAGGUGAUUCCAUGGAAAGCUACAUUGAGAAGCCUGGUGGUGAAGCUCAAUCUGGUUCUAGUUCUUCUAAGAAGAGGAACCGAGAGGAGGAAGUUCUAGAUGUAGCGAUUGGGGAGGAGAAGACCAAAAUGGAUGUAAAUUUUGAAUAUACGAAAGCGAAUGUUGGAGAUGUUGAAACAGAGAACAGUCUUGGAAGCAUGAAUGAACAUUUGAGGAACUCGUAUGCUAAAAAAUCAUCCAAAAGAGUAAAAUUUGCUAGUCAUGUAGAAGUCUUCCCCUCAUCUGAUGACCAAGAUGAUCGGGAGGAAAACCUAGGAAAUAAGUUGGUUCAAGGUAAGAGGUUCACGAGGAAAGAAGAUCAAAUAAUCAAAGAUGCUGUUCACGAGUAUAUAGAGUGAUGCAACUUGGUUUAGAGUUGGAGGAUUUGAAGUUAUGUUCUCAUUGGUAACAUGUUCUAGAGGCACGUGGUAGAGAAACACACCCAGGGAGCAUGACUGUGGCCCCCAGAAUAUAAUGUCUGCCAAUCCCACCUCCAAUCUGCAGCAUCUAGACACCAAAUUUCCAUGUUCAUUACUUCUACUCGAUUAAUAUUGUCAACUACAACAUCCGCUAAGAAGUUUGCUGGCGUGCUUUCAUCCCUUGCUAUAUGUUACAGAUUUCUUAUUGAUGGUAGAGCACCACAUUAAUAGCCAUAAUCCGUUAAUGUUCUUCGGCACAUGAGUUGGGUGAGGAAGGCUUGGAUAUGAUUCUGAACUGCAGGAAGCAUCCAAAUAUAAGAACAUGUUGGAGGGAAAUAGGGGCUGCCUUACCGUAUAGGCCUUACAAUGCAGUGUAUCAGAGAGGACAUAUUUUGUUCGAGAGGUCAGAGUCACGAAAUUGGACUGAGGAUGAGAAAGCAGUUGUCUUAAAGUUUUAUGAAAAGCAUGGACCAGAUUGGAAAAGCUUGGCCCAGAUCCUUGGAAAAAAUCGACAUCAUGUGAGGGAAACAUGGCGUCACACAUCUCGCACUGGUCUUAAGAAGGGUAACUGGACUCAGAAGGAGUAUCAGUCUUUGUUUCAUUUAGUAAACAAGGAUUUGAGAAUGCGUAUGUAUGAGGAAAAACCAUCGAAGCAUGGCAUGAUACGUGACAAUAUCAGUUGGCAAGCGAUUAGUGACCGUUUGACUACUCGAACAGAAAUGAGAUGCUGUAAGAAAUGGUAUGACCAAUUAUCAUCAUCUAUGGUAAAAGAAGGUAAAUGGGCCAACACAGACGAUUACCGAUUGCUGGAUGAACUUCUUAGGCUGGAUGCUUGCUGUGUUGAAGAUGUUGACUGGGAUAAUCUUCUUGAGCAUAGGUCUGGAUAUAUUUCUCUGAAACGUUGGAGACAGAUGGUAAACCACAUUGGUAUACAUGGACUACAAUCCUUUGCAGACCAAGUAGAAGUGCUCUCCAAGCGCUAUUGUCCUGAGCUACUUGAAGUCAGGGAAGCUCUUGACAGCAGACCUGUGGUUGAUUGAUGUGUGGAUGUGGAACCGUGGGCUCAACAGAGAGGAUGGCAGGAAGGUCAAGCCCAUAACAAAAAGACUACUCUUCAGACUAAAUUGGUGCUUGUAAGUAUGCAUUUGAUUCUCAUAGUUCCCGAUGUUUGGAAGUAGUUAUGUACUUCAGGCACCCUACUCCCCGCACUUGCAUAUGUAAUUAUAUGGAAGAGGGGCAUGGCCCUGGUUACCCAAAAUCUGUCAUUGAAUUCAAUGGCUAGGAAGGAGUGUGUAUCAUACAAUGAAUCUUCGCUUAACCCUCAUAAUAGAUGGUAUGGGAAAGCUUCCACCGCCACGCCCUUGCAGCACCACUUGUAACCUAGACGCCAAUGUUCAGAUCUCUGUAAGGAGAGGUCAGGCACUGUGGAAUUAUAAACUAUAGCAAUCUUGGUGAUAGUUGCAUCCAAUUUAAGUUAUUUAACACUAACCAGAUAUUGUGUUUAUCUUGAUGGGCCUGGGGUACACCCCCACCCCCAGGCUCAGUCAGGGAUACUGUCUGUACAGGUUUUAAAGUAACCCUCAUAACAUACUUUCUUCUUUUCAUUCCUUCUUCAGUUGGCAAUGUUGGUUUAAGUUCUAAGACUGCGUUAUUAAAGAUGUCGGCAUAUCUACCUAACAAAAUAGCUAGAUGGGAAGUUUUUGUUAGUCGAAUUUUUGCGUUGGCUGUGUCCCAUCCCAUGUGCAGGUUGUAGCAUCAACCAACUAGGAGAUUGAUUUUUACAUUCUUGAGUACCCAAAUUUGCCUCCUUUUACGGCUCUCUGAGAAUGUGUUUGAAUUUGUCCGAAGAAGAUUAGUACUUGGUACCUUAGUUAUAUGUUUGGGCCAAUUUUUUUCUUCAUAUAACCAGAUUUAUCCGGGUAAUCAGGCACUGUUAAUAAAACUAGGAGAUAA